CCAGCUUCUCGCGCCUGGCUGCUACUAAGGAAGGAAGAGGACGUGAUAUUGAGCGAGCCUGGCCAGCACGUGCUUCCCAACGUUCGUCGAGCAGCAGCUUCUAGCACAGCUCGGCGUUCCCCGCAAUUCGCCAUGGAGGAAUCAAUGAUGUCCGAAGCGCCCCAGUCAGAGAUGUCAUCCAUGAGUGAGCUGGUGGCGGUGAGGGAAAGAAUGAUUCGAAGGUGGGGUACAUACUAAUCGCAUGUGUGCUACUCCUGCUUCUCAUUGGAUUGAUCUAUUUUAUUGGAUUUUCUGGAAGUUCAAGUGUGGAGCCUACCAGUGGGGAAGCAGCAGGCAGCGGUGGCGGUGACUCCGGAAGCUACUCGGGUGGGGGCGCGUAUCAAGCACGGCCUCCGACCACGAAAGGCACUGCAACUGACCCUGGCGUAGCGAGCACAUCAUCAUCAAAACCACGAAUAACGAAACCAUGGCCAACAGCACCACGCCCACCACAUCCGCCACCACCACCUCCUCCAACUACUACACUUCGUCCGGUGAAACAGACCAUGUUAUCGUACACGGUCGGGCACCAGGCCGUGAUCAAGGAUUCGGUGCCCCCCGAUGGAACAUGCGACAACAUAUUCUACACGGAGGUCUUCUUCAACGACAAGAACAACAAGAUAGAGCCACUGUACAGCGACACCGCCUUCAAUGUGGCCCGGUCCGCCGCAUCGACGUACUCAAAGACAACGUUCGGAACUUCAAUGUAUCCGAGUGGUCUGACCGCCACCCCUGCCCGUGCUACGUACUGGAACAGCCGGUCGUUUGCGGUGGGCGACAAGAGUGGUAUAGAAUCGAGGGCAGGACCAUUGGCGAAUUGAUGCGCACUAAACUGCUGGAGGUUCAGAACGCCAUGACCAAACUCUUCAACGCCAACUUCGUGCACUUCGGCAUGCUGAACGUAGAUGAAGUAGAGUACCUCGACUGGCUCAGGGAUAGCCCACUCCGGUACUUUCAGAUUGCGGGAGAUUUCACACCUGACCACCGCUGCGCCUUGGGAGUAGGGCUCUGGAAUGGAAGACUAGGUGAAGCGAUCCUGCGCAAAGCCAAAUUAGCCACCAAACAUUUCCCCAAAAUAACGCUUAUUGUUAUCAAAGUACACACGGAAAGAGCCGGAACCUAUCUUCGGCGGUACCCUGUUCCACCAAACCCCGACCAUGUGAACCUAAGCGAACACUACAUGCUGUCACUGCCAUUACUGGGCAAUAAGUUAAAGCAGCAUAUGCAAGAACUGACCGACAGCGGCCGGCGCUACGCCCUGCUAUCGUUCGCCAUGUUCGCGCGGACGUACCGUAUGCCGAAGUGGUGGACUGAAGCCCGCAUGAGAAACACCGGCACUCAUGGAGGCGUCAUCAUGGAAUACCGGAUGGUAUGCAGUCACAGCAACAUUAAAAAGGACCCCCUGGACCCGAAGUCCUCGUACGUGGCGAACAUGACCAACAGGUUUCUGGCAAUGUUCGACACCACCCAGGAUGUAAAAGUUAAGGCAUCAUGGCCUCUGCCGCACAACUCAUCAAAACCAUCAGGCUCGCACAUCAGUAGAAGACUAGUUCUUGGGUCGCCUUUCGGAAGAAAUUCGCCAAUCCAGCCAAAUUCGGAGGCAUAAUGGCUUAUCGAGCGGACAUGGACGAUUACGCCGGCAGCUGUGGCGAGGGAGUGUUCCCUAGACUGAAAGCCAUAAGAAGCGAGCUGCUGAAGUGAUGCAGUACUUUCGUUCGCUCACCGUGGUGGCAGCUCCAAGUUGUCCGUCACCACUAAAAGUCGCUUUGUUGCUGGCCAAAGCGAGAAGCCCACGCCAGAAGUCUCAGAACGUCGCGAGGCAACCGAAUAGAACAUUUCGGUUUGUCUGCUUGUUUAUUGCUCUUUCUUCUUCAACGUACAUGAAAAUGAUCUUUUUCGCUGUACUUUCGCUACUACUUUUGCAAGUUCUUUCCUGAAAGUGUAGAACACAGU